CGCCUGCCGCCCAGCGCCUGCGCAGCGAGGCUAGGUCAGGGCGCAGGCGCAGUGCGUCGUUCCCCCGCGGCUUGCUGCGGUACACUCCUCACUUCAUUUUUAGUGUAAAAUCGUGAAGCAGAAAGAUGGUGCUGGACCUGGAUUUGUUUCGGGUGGAUAAAGGAGGGGACCCAGCCCUCAUUCGAGAGACGCAGGAGAAGCGCUUCAAGGACCCGGGGCUGGUGGACCAGCUGGUGAAGGCAGACAGUGAGUGGCGACGAUGCAGAUUUCGGGCAGACAAUUUGAACAAACUGAAGAACUUGUGCAGCAAGACUAUUGGUGAGAAAAUGAAGAAAAAAGAGCCUGUGGGAGAUGAUGAGUCCGUUCCAGAGGACGUGUUAAAUUUCGAUGACCUUACUGCAGACACGUUAGCUGCCCUGAAAGUCUCACAAAUUAAAAAAGUCCGGCUCCUUAUUGAUGAAGCCAUCCAGAAGUGUGAUGGGGAGCGGUUAAAGCUGGAGGCGGAGCGGUUUGAGAACCUCCGAGAGAUUGGAAACCUUCUGCACCCCUCUGUGCCCAUCAGUAAUGAUGAGGAUGCAGACAACAAAGUAGAGCGCAUCUGGGGCGACUGUACCGUCAGAAAGAAGUAUUCCCACGUGGACCUGGUGGUCAUGGUGGACGGCUUUGAAGGCGAAAAGGGAGCCGUGGUGGCUGGUAGUCGAGGGUACUUCCUGAAGGGGGUCCUGGUGUUCCUGGAGCAGGCGCUUAUCCAGUAUGCACUCCGGACUUUGGGAAGUCGAGGCUAUACUCCCAUCUACACCCCCUUCUUUAUGAGGAAAGAGGUCAUGCAGGAGGUGGCGCAGCUCAGCCAGUUUGAUGAAGAACUUUAUAAGGUCAUCGGCAAAGGCAGUGAGAAAUCUGAUGACAGCUCCUAUGAUGAGAAAUACUUGAUUGCCACCUCAGAGCAGCCCAUUGCAGCUCUGCACCGGGACGAGUGGCUGCGGCCAGAGGACCUGCCUAUCAAGUAUGCUGGCCUUUCCACCUGCUUUCGUCAGGAAGUGGGCUCGCAUGGCCGUGAUACCCGAGGUAUCUUUCGAGUCCAUCAGUUUGAGAAGAUUGAACAGUUCGUGUACUCGUCGCCCCAUGACAAUAAGUCAUGGGAGAUGUUCGAAGAGAUGAUCGGCACCGCGGAAGAAUUCUACCAGUCUUUGGGGAUCCCUUACCACAUUGUGAAUAUUGUCUCAGGCUCUUUGAAUCAUGCUGCCAGUAAGAAGCUCGACCUGGAGGCCUGGUUCCCAGGCUCAGGCGCCUUCCGUGAGUUGGUCUCCUGUUCUAAUUGCACGGAUUACCAGGCUCGCCGGCUGCGAAUCCGAUACGGGCAGACCAAGAAGAUGAUGGACAAGAGAAAGAGUAAUCUCCGUUUCUCCACACAGAACAAGUUGGAGGCAGUGUCUGCCCUCUUUUCACCCAAGAAGGUGGAGUUUGUUCAUAUGCUCAAUGCGACGAUGUGUGCUACCACCCGGACCAUCUGCGCCAUCCUGGAGAACUACCAGAUAGAGAAGGGCAUCAUUGUGCCGGAGAAGCUGAAGGAGUUCAUGCCACCAGGGCUCCAGGAACUGAUUCCAUUUGUGAAGCCUGCACCCAUUGACCAGGAGCCGUCUAAGAAGCAGAAGAAGCAGCAUGAGGGCAGCAAAAAGAAAGCAAAAGAGGUUACCCUGGAGAGCCAGCUGCAGAACAUGGAGGUCACCGAGGCCUGAGCGCUGUCUCCUCCAGUGUGCCAGACUUCCUUUCUAUCUGCUGGGAUCUCUGACCUGCCUUGGAGCAGGGAGGCCGAGUACCACUCCUCACCCUGUCCCAUCUGACUGCACAGCCGAUGGGGAACCAUCUGCCAUGUACCAAGCAGACGUUUGUUCCCAUCUCCUUGCAUGGGCCAAGGGUCUCCUCACUGAUGACUGCUGAACCAUGCAAUAAAGCAUUUCCGGGGAA